CGCAACUCGCAUUCGCCUUAGUUCAACCCAUUUUUGACCCUUUCUUUCGCCUUCUCUUCUCACCAUCGUUCAGUAACGGAGUAAUGCCUUGAGUUGUAUUGCUUUCCUUCCUCUGUCUUAUUAUUUCCCUUUUUCUUUCCUUUCUUUACUUCCUUCAAUUCCUCCCAAUCCUAACCCGCUACCAAAUCCCCCUUUCUUCCAUUCUCUUCACUCGUUCGUUUGACAGUGGUUCGCUCGUUUGGUACUGUCUAACCUUCAGAUGGUGUCUUGCCUCCCACGCCUCCUCAGCGCAUAAGUAAUACCUCGCCCCGACCAUCAUGCCGAAGAACCGGCCCGCAACGUCGGGAUACGCCCGCCUCGCUCAGGAGGAGGAAGAUCGAGGCCAGGAUGUGUACGACUAUUCAGAAGACGACGACGAUGUGAAUCAAACACCGAGCACGAUAUCCCAACCCGCCCAAUAUGCCCCGAUCUCCUCCCGAGCCCAGAUGCAGGCGUCCGCCCCGGAUUAUCGCCGGAGGCACAGUGCGCAAUACCGGCGGGGACGGCGGAAUUCGGGCGUGGAUAUCAAGGCCAUCAAUGCGCGCCUCGAGCGCUGGGCCGAGGAGAUCGCCUCCAAGUUCAAGAUCAACCGCGUGAAGGGGAAGACAACGGAGGAGGAGAAACUGGAGAUUCACCACUCCGUCUUCCAGGCCCCCGACGGUGUGCGGCCCAUCUCCGCCGAGACCCUCGAGUCUGACGAGGUCGAGGGGGCGGCGCGCCGUGCGCGCGACGAGUUCGAGGAGGUCGUGGAAAGCGUGCGCCUGGCCAUUGAGCUGGGCGUGCAACCUCGCAUGAUCUCCCAGGGCAGUUCUGGUAGUUACUUUGCGCGCAACACUGAAGGCAGAGUGGUCGGGGUCUUCAAACCCAAGGAUGAGGAACCCUAUGCCUCCCGCAACCCGAAAUGGACCAAAUGGAUCCAUCGCAACCUGUUCCCUUGCUGUUUCGGCCGCGCGUGCCUGAUCCCGAAUCUGUCGUACGUCUCCGAGGCCGCCGCCUACGUCUUGGACUCUCGCCUCAAUACCAACCUCGUUCCCUACACCGAUGUCGUCUGGCUGUCGUCCAAAUCGUUCUACUACGACUUUUGGGAUCGGAGAAAGGCCUGGAUGGGCAAGAAGCCGCUGCCCUCCAAGGCGGGCAGCUUCCAAGUCUUCCUGAAGGGCUACAAGGAUGCGAAUCUGUUUCUGCGCGACCACCCGUGGCCCGAUCAGAACAAUACCGGUUUCCGUACAGAGGACGCCCCUAAACGCAAGAAGCGGCCUUGGAACGAGGCGUGCCGGCCUUCCGGGGCCGUGUCCGAUGACGAAGAUGAGGAAGACUUUGAGACUACACAGAUUCCGUCUCCCGGGGAGGAAAGCCGGGAGCAGCGGUUCUACUGGACGGAGGGCUUGAAGCAAUCGUUCCGGGAAGCGCUGGAGAAACUUGUGAUUCUGGAUUAUAUCAUGCGAAACACCGACCGCGGUCUGGAUAACUGGAUGGUCAAGAUCGACUGGAAGACGGAGGAGGUAUCCAUCGUCGCCGAGCCUCCCAAACCCAACGGGGUCCCCGCCGAGGACGAUGAUGAGCAUCUGGUUCCGCCUCGACCGGUCUCGGUCAACAAGGAGCGCACUGCCUCGGGUUCCCAUCCGUACCGACGACACGAGAUGGUGGCCAUUAGCCGCACGGGAACGCCGUUGAACUCGUCGGAGCCCCAAGCCUCCAUUCAAAUCGGUGCCAUCGACAACAGUCUGUCAUGGCCGUGGAAACACCCUGAUGCUUGGCGGAGUUUCCCCUUCGGAUGGCUCUUCCUGCCCGUCUCCCUGAUCGGACAGCCCUUCUCCCAAAACACGCGCGACCACUUUUUGCCGCUUCUGACUUCGACGGCGUGGUGGAGCGGGACUCAAAUGGCGCUCCGGCGUGUCUUCUCGCAGGACGAUGACUUCAAGGAGAGCAUGUUCGCGCGGCAGAUCGCAGUUAUGAAGGGUCAGGCGUGGAACGUUGUCGAGACGUUGAAGCACCAGGACCACGGCCCGCUCGAGCUCACGCGGCGCCCCCGCGUGUGUGUCUGGGACGAUCUGGUGGACGUCCCCGUUGCCAUUCCCCUCCGCGGGCCAUCGACGGAUGCGCAGAGGCGCAAGGUGAGGAGUUACGAACGUUACGACACACAUGAUGCAGAUGAACCCGACGACGAGGAGAUGGACAUUGGCGCCGCCAAGUCUAUGGGGCAAGGGCCCGAGAGCGAUCUCCUUGGCCUUGGUACCUCCUUGCCCAACCCGAAUCGAUUCGAGCUCAACCGUCCCCGAGACUCGAGCGUGACUGCUCCCCAGAACGGCAGCCCGGUCACGUUGAAUGACUACCGGUUCAGUCGGGAGAGUAUCGAUGGCGCGGGUCACCGGGACUGGCCUUCCCUGCCCCCGCGAUCCAACAACAAGCACCAGAAACACAAUUCGGUGUCCAGUUUACGGGGGCGAUCCAACCCGAUCUGGACCAGCGACGACCUCGAAGGAGACCUGGGCUAUGCCGCCGCGGAGGGGAUGGAAGGGAAUCAGCGCAAGGUUAUCGUUGAGCGAUUAGAAGCGGUGAAGAGUAAAAACCCCGUUUUCACCUGGAAAGGAGCCCAAAAGAACGGUAACGAGCAAGACCUCUCUCCCGCACCACCAGAUCCAGACCGCAGUGCAGCCACCAGUUGGGGGAGUUACAACGAGUCUAGUUUCUUUACCUCCCCAUCGUGGAUGCGCUGCCCCUCCCCUCCCGAAGAUCCCAUUUGCUCAGACUCAGAACGCUCAUUUCUUCAAGCCCCAGAGCAGCAGGACCUUGAACCACCCCACACCGUCGCAUCUACCACCCCUACCGUUGCCCCGCCGGGUACGGCUUCCGCGGCGCAUCGUCUUCUCAGCCCUCCAAAACGACGAUCCUCUCGCAGGCCUAGCCCGAAAUCGCAGAUUCGGUCGCCGUCGAGUCGCUCGAGUAGUCGGAAUAGUCGGAUAGUGUCGCCUCCGCGAACGGCUCCAGCGAUGCCUGUCGUGGAUGUGGAGUUUGCUAGCAGUAAUGAUUUGGAGGAUGGUAGCGAUGCGAAGCGUGGCUCUAGUCAGGUCGACGGGGAUAUUGAAACGCGUCAUGGGAGCCUCAUCGAGAAUAUGUACGGUGUUGAGCGGCGUGUGCACCCGGUUUACAAAAAGUUGAAGACGGAGAAGGACUUGGGAGAGACACCAGCGCAAACGAACAGAGAAUUUUCCGCGAGUGGCAACACGGACCUGGGGAAGUGGAUGAAGGAAGAUGAAUCGAAGUCGGGCUCACCGAUACCUUCGCCUAAUGUUGUGGACUUGACUCUAGAGUCGGCCGCAGCCAAUACCGACGACGAUAUACAGGUCACGGGGUCCAACAAUCUCAGUCUCCAAAGGGUGUGCUACGGCAAGUUGGAGAACGCGAUGGUCCAAGCGCAAUUGGUACCUAAACCCGGGGCCCACGGUAUACUUGGGGAGUCGGCGCAUGACUGGCCGUCCAUGAAACUCGGGGUGCAUCGAACGCCGAACCAGGGGAACAAUCGAAUUGACGUCUCUGACCCGCACGCGGCCAUUGUUCCGAUUAUCGAUUCCCCUGCGGUGAAGAAACUCCCGAAUGAACGGCCGUGGGCGCCGUGUUCCGCGCUAUACCGAGCGUCGAUCAAUCUUUACGGCCUACGCAAGGACGCAGAGCUUAUCGGCAAGCAUCUCGGUCACCAGAACGUGUGGCUGGGGACACCGUUUUCCUGGGAGAAGGGAGUCAUGUUGUUCAAUCCUCAUGCGGAAAGACGACGUGCCAAUGCGGCAUUCAUGCCAGCGGCUGCGGCAAGGGGCCGAACGGGAGUCAAUUGUGAGGUUCGCACAGCGGAGGAACUGCAAAGUGCAGAGAACCUCCCCGAGAUGGAGCCGUCCGACCUCUUGUUGACGCCUUUGCUUCGCCACCAGAAACAGGCUCUCUGGUUCAUGACGGAAAAGGAGAAGCCUCGGAAGUUUGGACGUGAUGAGAAGGACAACAAUUCCCUGUGGCGGAUGGAACUCCGAUCCAACGGCGCCAAGCGCUACCGUGAGAUCAUCAGCGGCACCGUGACUGAUGAGGAACCGCCCCAGGUUCUCGGAGGCUUGCUAGCGGAUAUGAUGGGUCUCGGGAAAACUCUCAGUAUACUAUCUCUUGUGGUUUCGUCGUUAUCCGAAGGAACGGAGUGGGCAAAGAUGAUCCCGCCGCAAGACUUGACCACCCUCCUGGUAGUGCCGCUGAGCGCGGUCAACAACUGGGUGUUCCAGAUCAAGGAGCACUUGCAGGAGAAUGCGGUGUCGUAUUAUGUUUUCCACGGGUCGUCGAGAACAACCGAUGUCGAAGAGCUAUCCCAGUACGACUUGGUCAUCACAACGUACAGUAUCGUGCUCAGCGAACUUUCCGGGCGAGGGUCGAAGCGCGGCAUGAGCCCGUUGACCAAGAUGAACAUGUUCCGAAUCGUGUUGGACGAAGCACAUACCAUCCGGGAGCAAAGCGCGGCGCAGACGCAAGCCAUCUUCAAGCUGAAGUCGCAGCGCAAGUGGUCGGUGACCGGAACGCCCAUCCAGAACCGCCUCGACGAUCUGUUCUCCGUCACCAAGUUCCUGGGGCUCUUCCCCUACGAUGAUCGCGCGCGGUUUGGCAUGCACAUCCUCAGUCGGUUUAAAACGGGGGAUGCGACUGUCCUGGCGAGUCUGAGGGUGCUGGUAGACUCCUUUACUUUACGCCGGGUCAAAGACAAGAUCGACAUUCCCGCACGGAAUGACAAGAUCAUCACUCUGCCCUUCUCCGAGUCCGAGAAGCAGCUGCACGAAUUUUUCCGGAAGGAGUCUAACGUGAUGAUGCGGGUCAUCGCAGGCGAGGACAAAACCAAGAUGAAGGGUCGGAUGUACCACCAUAUCCUAAAGGCGAUGAUGAUCCUACGACAGAUAAGCGCCCACGGCAAGGAGCUGCUAGACCAUGAGGACCGGGAACGGAUCAAAGGACUGAGCGUCCACGACGCGAUCGACCUCGAAGAGGGCGGCGGGAACGACGCCCGCGGAGUGAGCGACAAGAAAGCGUACGAGAUCUUCACGCUGAUGCAGGAAUCCUCAGCGGAUCUCUGCGCAAUGUGCCAGACGCGCCUGGAAGAGCCCAGCGGCGACAACGGCUCGACGGACAGGAAAGCUCCAAUGGCCAUCGUCCUGCCCUGUUUCGACGUCCUCUGCCCGGACUGCUUCUCGGGCUGGAAACAAGCGUUCGACGCCCAGACCAACUCAUCGCAAUACGACAUCAAAUGCCAAGUCUGCGACGGCUGGAUCCCAGCUUCCUUCUCGACCAUCACCCUCGCCGGCCUAGAAGACUACGAGGUAAACGAAGCGCAAGCCAAACAAAGCCGGCGACAAGGCAAAACCCUCGGCGAAUACGAAGGCCCACACACGAAAACAAAAGCGCUCCUCUCGCACCUUCAAGCAACCGCCGAGGAAAGCAAGCAAUUGGACGCAAACGAGCAUCCCAUCAAAAGUGUCGUCUUCUCCUCAUGGACCUCACACCUCGACCUUAUCGAGUUAGCCCUAAAAGACAACGGCAUGACCGGAUUUACCCGCCUCGACGGCACGAUGACGCUCGCCGCACGCAACAAGGCCCUCCGCGAAUUCCACAGCAACGACAGCAUUACGAUCCUCCUGGCCACUAUCGGCGCCGGCGGCGUCGGCCUCAACCUCACCGCCGCAUCGCACGUCUACAUCAUGGAGCCGCAGUACAACCCAGCCGCCGUGGCGCAGGCCGUCGACCGCAUUCAUCGACUUGGGCAGACGCGCGAGGUCACCAGCGUCCAGUUCAUCAUGAAAGACAGCAUCGAGGAGAAGAUCUACGAUCUGGCGCGCAAGAAGCAGCAGUUGGCGGAUUUGAGUAUGGGUCGGGGGAAGCUCGAUAAGAAGGAAGUGCAGGAGCAGCGGAUGCGGGAGUAUCGGGGGUUAUUUAAAUGAUCCUUUUUCUUCUUCUUUCUUAAUUCUUUUAUUUUUUUUUUCCCUUCUCUUGUUGCCCCUUGUUUUAUGCGUUGCAAAAUCGUCUAUUUGUUUCUCUUUCCAGAGCAUGGCACGGCUUGUGUGGCAUGACGGACGACACGGAUUCUGAUACCCAGUCAUUAAUGGCGUUUUCCUUCCUUUAUCCUUCUAUCUUUGUUAUUUCUAGUAUUACCUCUGAUCUGGUCUGGUUCUGUUCUUCACGCGAUCUAUACACUGGUUUACUUUGACGGCGGAUAUUCAUUGGCUAUGAGCUAUGGGUAUAUGAUGAUAC